AUGAGCGAUGUUGAGUACGAGAACGACGCAGAAAAGGACGGGCCAAAGCCUUACCCACAGUAUGCAACGCCUGAACCUGCUAUCGCGCUGAGAAAAAUCGAUUUAGUUGGUUUAGACUUACCGAGUGUUUCUAAUGCGGACGACAUGAAGGACGAUGAAGGAGAUAUAAGAUAUGAGGUCACUGAAGAACCACAAUAUCAUGUUACAAGGGCGUUAUUUAUUGGAAACUUGCGCCGCCCAAUCAAUGCUGGUCACUUUCAACAAUUUUUAAGAAAGUUGGCCAAUGAUAACAAGGAUCUUCACAUGCGUAUCGACAGGGCUUGGUUAACGAGAUUGAGAACCCACGCAAUUGUCUUGGUAAGCAAUGAGGAAGGGGCUGAAUAUUUGAGAUCUCAAUUGAAUGGAGCUAUAUAUCCAGAUGAGGAAGAAGAUGCAAGAUUGAAGGAAGAGUUUGAGAAUCGUGAGAUUGAAAGAUUUGAAGAGGAGACCAAACGAUUUGAGGGGAUCAAGGAGAGAGAGAGUGAUGAAGAAAGGGAUGAUUUGAAGCCACCUCGUGAGCCAAGAGAGUUUGUUACUGAAAGAAUUCCAUUGUAUGUGGAAUAUAUCCCAGUGAAAGCUAUCAACCAAUGGACUUUUGAAGAAGACAAAGGACCAUAUGAUGGGAAAUGGAAGUUGGAAUUUGUCAAUAGAAAUGACGAGUUGGUUGCUUCUCAUACGUUGUUGAAUGGAGAAUAUAUCCCUCGUUAUGUUCCUCCAAGACGUGGUGGAAGACGAUACGGAGGACCACCAAGAGGUUACGAUAGGUACCGUGAUAGUCGUGACUCGUACCAUAGGAGGGGAGGUCCGCCAAAGAGAACAGACUCGUACGUACCUGGACGAUCAAGAUUUGACGAGCCUAAAGGAACUGAUUCAUAUGUCCCAGGAAGUGCUAGGUAUAGAUCAAGAUCGCGUUCACGUUCAAGGUCACCUACUAGAUUCUAA